UACUUAAUUUGCCAUAAUAUAUGUACUCUGUGUUCACUAACGAUCGUGGCCUCUUCAUACUUGAACUUGAUUUCUCAAUCAAGCAGUGCUAGCCCCUUCUGUAAUUUUGGUUGAGUUUGAGAUAUCAAUUCAAAGCUAUAGAGUCAUGGCGGAGGAAAAGAAAACAACAUUUAUGUGGAUCAAGGUCGACCUUCAAUGCCCUCGCUGCCGCAAGAAGAUCAAGAAAUUACUUUGUCAAAUCCCUCAAGUACAAGACCAACAAUACAAGGAGAAGGAAAACUUGGUGAUAAUAAAAGUGGUAUGUUGCAGUCCUGAAAAGAUAAAGCAAAAGAUAAUUUGCAGGGGUGGUGAUACCGUUAAGAGCAUUGAGAUCAAAGAGAUUGAGGAGACCAAGCCACCACCUAAGGAGAAGAACCCACCAGAAAAAACUGCUGAGAAAGAGGAGAAGCCACCUGAGAAGGAGAAGCCACCAGAAAAACCUGCUGAGCCUGAGGAGAAGCCACCACCAAAAGAAGAUACUGAACCGGUUUCAAAGCCUCCUGUUGAACCGGUUUGUGUGCCUGUACGGCCGGUUGCAUUUGGGACGUGUUGUACGGAAUGUUCUGAGGGUCGUGGUGGGGGGCCAUGCAUUUAUGGUUUUGGUAGGCCACCACCAACACCAAAACCGGUUCCAGUGCCGGUUCCGGUACCUGUACCGGCUUACCCGGUUGGGUUUGGGACGUGUUGUACGGAAUGCUAUGAGGGUCGAGAUGGGGGGCCAUGCCAUUAUGGUAGGCCACCCCCAUGUUAUGAUGGCUACUAUUAUGGAAGGCCCAUUUAUGAUAGUUAUGGUGGCGGGUAUCGGAGUUGUUAUACUUAUGUGAGUCGAUGUGAAGAAACUUCAUGCACCAUCAUGUAAUUGGGAAUUUGCAUGCAUGCAUGAUGAUGAUAAUGGUGAUCAUGUUCUGGUUGGCUACUUGCAAGUAAAAAAAGUAUGUUCUGGACUCUAGUUGCCUAUGGCUAUAUAUGUCACAUGGUCCGCGUGGGUUUGAAUUUUCUUUUGUUGGUUUGUAGGAUGUAUAUGAUAUGGGUUUGGUUAAUAAGUGUGCAUGGUUGGUGACAAAUGAUUGUUCAUUUUAGUGUUAUUUUACUUGAGUUGUAAUGAUUUUUUUAAAUAUUAAAAACCUUCUAUUAAUCAUUCCCUCUCCAA